AAUUGAUGAGGGUAAAGACCAAGAACUGAGGUUCCUGCAAAUAAAUCUUGGGAGAGGAAGGGAUGCACAGUACCUCCUGAUGCAGGUAGCCAGAGAAAGAAAUGUCGACGUAUUGGUUUUCUGUGAGCAAUAUAGGACGACAGAUACUUCAACCUGGUACCAAGAUGCAACGGGGAGAGCCGGUAUACAAGUUUGCAAUCCCAACGUUGAGGUCAAGGAAUUCUUGGAGACAGACCAGGGCUUUCUAUGGGUAGAGAUCGCGGGGAUCCGUGUUUAUAGUUGCUACUUUUCUCCAAAUGAUUCUUUUUCAGAAUUCAACUCGGAGAUUUGUGCUCUGGAAGAGAGCUUGAAUGAUUCUAGGAGUCCUGUCUUGAUAGCAGGCGACUUCAACAGUAAAUCCCCGGAAUGGGAAGAUACUAGGUUAGAUAGAAGAGGUACUCUCCUGAGUGAAGUGGUGUCAAGGAACGAUCUCACUGUAUUAAACCAAGGAGGAAGCCUUACCUUCAGACGUGGUAAUGCAGGUUCUGUGAUAGACAUAACCAUAUCAAGUCCACGAAUAGCCCAACGAAUUCAAUAUUGGAAGGUAUUGGAAGAGGAAACAUUAAGCGAUCACCAGUAUAUAGAAUUCACAAUAACUGAUGACAUAUCAAGAAACGAGGCCUUUGCCUCAUCGCAACCCUCAAAACGCCCUUUGUGGAAUACAAGUAGACUCGAUGAGCAACGACUCGAGGAGUUCCUUUUGGAAACCAAAACUUUUUAUGAGUUAGGCUGGGAAAGAAGACCUUGCUCCCUGGACGAAGCUGUGACCAGUGUUAGGCAGCAGAUAGUUGCAGCUUGUAACUCUUCUAUGCCAAGACGAAAGCUCCCAGGUCUUAAAAGGCGGUCGCUCUACUGGUGGAAUGAAGAAAUUUCUCGUCUACGCACCGAUUGUCUAGCUGCUAGAAGGAGAUACACCCGCUCGAGAGGAGAUCCUUUGCCACUGGAAGCCUGGAAGGAAACCAAAAGGGCCAUCAAAAGAGAAAUUCGUCUCAGUAGAAGGAAGUGCUGGAAGGAAUUGAUUACUCAGGUGGAGAGAGAUACAUGGGGUCUAGCAUACAGAAUCGUCACUAAAAAAUUGGAGAUUCGUCAGCAGAUCCCAUGCUUAGAAGAUCAGGACUGGGUUAGCUUGAUAAUAAGGAAUUUGUUCCCGUUCGUAGCGAGAAACCCAGGAUUGGGUGAAAACUGCCCAUCAGCUAGUGAGGUAAUACCUUUUACCUUGGAUCAACUCAGGGAAGCUGGAAAGAGGCUGAAGCCUAAAAAAGCUCCCGGACCUAACGAGAUCCUCAAGCGGAUAAUCGAAGUAUACCCUGAAAUUUUACUACGGGUUUUUAAUGUAUGCCUUAUAGAAGGAAGAUUCUUCGAAGAUUGGAAAGUACAAAAGCUGGUCCUGUUGAGGAAAGGAAACAAACCCCUUGACUCUGUAACAUCCUAUCGAACUGUUUGCCUGUUAGAUACGAUCGGGAAACUCUAUAUAACUAUUAUUAUUAUUAUUAUUAUUAUUAUUAUUAUUAUUAUUGUUAUUAUUAUGGUUAUCGUUAUCGUCAUCGUCAUCGUCAUCGUCAUCGUCAUCGUCAUCGUCAUCGUCAUCGUCAUCGUCAUCGUCAACGUCAUCGUCAUCGUCAUCGUCAUCGUCAUCGUCAUCGUCAUCGUCAUCGUCAUCGUCAUCGUCAUCGUCAUCGUCAUCGUCAUCGUCAUCGUCAUCGUCAUAGUCAUAGUCAUCGUCAUCGUCAUCGUCAUCGUCAUCGUCAUCGUCAUCGUCAUCGUCAUCGUCAUCGUCAUCGUCAUCGUCAUCGUCAUCGUCAUCGUCAUCGUCAUCGUCAUCGUCAUCGUCAUCGUCAUCGUCAUCGUCAUCGUCAUCGUCAUCGUCAUCGUCAUCGUCAUCGUCAUCGUCAUCGUCAUCGUCAUCGUCAUCGUCAUCGUCAUCGUCAUCGUCAUCGUCAUCGUCAUCGUCAUCGUCAUCGUCAUCGUCAUCGUCAUCGUCAUCGUCAUCGUCAUCUUACCGUUACAGUUGCCGUUACCGUUACCGUUACCGUUUUCGUUACCGUUUUCGUUACCGUCACCGUUACCGUCACCGUCACCGUCACCGUCACCGUCACCGUCACCGUCACCGUCACCGUCACCGUCACCGUCACCGUCACCGUUACCGUCACCGUCACCGUCACCGUCACCGUCACCGUCACCGUCACCGUCACCGCCACCGCCACCGCCACCGCCACCGCCACCGCCACCGCCACCGCCACCGCCACCGCCACCGCCACCGUCACCGUCACCGUCACCGUCACCGUCACCGUUACCGUUACCGUUACAGUUGCCGUUACCGUUACCGUUACCGUUACCGUUAUCAACAGUAGAUAUUCAAAGUUAUACCAACACGGCUAUUACAAGCAGUACAAUGCAUUCAACAGCAGCCAAAGACAAGUCAGUUUUCCAAAAUUCAGAGAACAAUAGUAUCAAGUGGAAUGAGCGUCGAAGUUAUAACCAUAUUGUGCCAAGCAACAAGAAUACAAAUGAACCGAAACAAAGCAUUAGUACUGCAGAUAUUUAG